GUGCGUGUGUGAGUGGACACAUGUCCAUGGUGGAGAUUUGGCUGGUGCAUCUUGGCCACAGCUGGACAUGGAUCAAUGGCAGUCAAAAUCGUCAAGGGCCAGGGCAAACCAACCGCGACGUGCGCUGGGCCUCAGCGCCAUUGGGCGACUGGGCCACACUCAGGCCGAGGGCGGUUACUCCGUACGAGCAGCAGCCCACACGCCGUCAUCUUUGCCUCGUAUUCGACGGCCACAGGUGCAGAGCAGUUUCGUAUUGUCUCGUGCUGUGACCUUUUUUGCUUGCACUUUUUUUGCUGGGCCGCGUAUGGCUCCGUAGUUCGUACUGGGCUCCUGGCUUCUGUGCGGCCAUCGUGACCUUUUUGUCAUUCGGCAUUGCUGGUGGGAGAUUUUCUGGGGGUUAUGUUGAAGACACUCUGUAGGUGAUGUUUGU